AUGACUGCAUCGAGCCCACCCAAACCGGGAGGCAGCUCCCCUCAGUGGGCCUUGCUUCGAAUGUUCGUUGUAAUUGCGCAGGAUCUCAGUCCUAAGGGAAAACUGGGAGUUCCAGGAUUGCCAGGCUACCCAGGAAGACAAGGUCCAAAAGGUUCGAUUGGAUUCCCAGGAUUUCCAGGAGCAAAUGGCGAGAAAGGAGUGAGGGGGACUCCAGGAAAAGCAGGACCCAGGGGGCAGAGAGGGCCAACGGGGCCAAGGGGUGAACGUGGCCCAAGAGGAGCCACAGGAAAAGCUGGACCUAAGGGUAGCUCAGGCAAUGAUGGGCCACCAGGUCCGACCGGUGAGAGGGGGCCCCCUGGACCUCAGGGACCAAUGGGAUUUGCUGGACCCAAGGGACCUCCUGGCCCAGCUGGCAAGGACGGCUUACCUGGACAUCCUGGCCAACGCGGGGAAACUGUAAGUACCAGCCAGCUCUGA